CGUAUCACAUUCGAUUGUGCUGUUCUACGAAAAGUACUGUUUGCUCGCAUCACAGACUACUUAGAAAUGGAGGAUAAGAAAGGAUUGCUGCUGCUUUUCCAACGACCACUAGAGCCGGUGUUCACUCCCAAGGACGAUGGAAAGGCUGCUUUUGAUCUGCCUGAAAGUUACCUGACUGAUCGUUAUAAGAACGUUGGGACCGAAAUUGAAAACCGUUUUGGCAGUGAAGUGGAGACGAAGAUACCACUUCAAAAUAUCAAGAAACCCGAUCUUUCUUUCGCGAAAGGUUUGAGUCGCAAGCAACAGUUUUCCCUCUUCAUCGACAGCCACAAACGAAUCGCCGCUAAGUUGAUUGAAAUUUUUACUGAAGCUCCAGAUGUUUCCUCAUUUCUAGCAACAGCUGCGUAUGUUAGGGAUCGUGUCAACCCAACCCUCUUCCAGUAUGCUUUGUCCGUUGCCAUUCAACACCGCCCUGAUACCAAGGAUCUCAACAUUCCGAACAUCAUUGAAAUCUUUCCGUUGCUAUUUGUUGAUCCAAGCGUAAUCAACCAAGCUAGGGAAGAAGCUAGCGUUUUCCGCGAUAAUAGCAAUAGGAUGCACAUUGAGAUUCCUGAGAACUACACAGCUUCCGACCGAGAAGAUGAGCAAAAGUUAGCAUACUUCCGGGAGGACAUUGGCGUAAACGUCCACCACUGGCAUUGGCAUUUAGUGUACCCAACUGAGGGACCACCAAGUGUCGUUCGUAAGGAUCGGCGUGGGGAAUUGUUCUUCUACAUGCAUCACCAAAUUCUUGCUCGUUAUAAUGCUGAACGUUUUUGUAAUUACUUACCAAAAGUUAAGCCGCUAACUAAUCUACGAGAGGGACUCCCAGAGGCUUACUUCCCCAAGAUUAUUAGUAGCUUGAAUAACCGCACGUAUCCAGGACGUAUUCAGGGUGUUGUAUUGAAAGAUCUUCAGCGUGAUGAAAAUAUUGUAGAGGUUGGCGAUUUAGAACGUUGGAGAGACCGAAUUUAUGAGGCAAUUGAUCAGGGAUAUGUUAAGGACUCAGCUGGAAAUAAAAUAACAUUAGAUGUCGGAAAGGGAAUAGACAUCCUUGGAGAUAUAGUGGAGGCUAGCGCCCUUUCGCCCAAUCGGCAACUCUAUGGGAACUUGCACAACAUGGGCCACAAUAUCAUUUCUUUCGCUCAUGACCCUGACAAUCGCCACUUGGAAGACUUCGGUGUUAUGGGUGAUGUUACCACUGCCAUGCGUGAUCCCAUUUUCUACAGAUGGCAUUCAUUUAUUGAUAUGAUUUUCCUAAGAUUCAAAUCAAGGUUACCGCCAUACACUAGGAGUGAUUUGGCUUUCGAUGGGGUGGAAGUUAGUUCAAUCGAGGUCAAAAUCAACAAAGGAAAUGCUCCUCCUAAUGUUUUGCUAACAUACAAACAGAAGUCCGACGUUGAUCUGGCGGCUGGCCUCGAUUUUGGACCCAACGGCAACGUUUUCGCUCAUUUUAUUCAUCCACAACAUGCUCCUUUCAUGUACACUAUCCAAGUAAACAACAGCAGUGGAGCUCCACGCAAGGGAACAUGCCGUAUCUUCAUGUGCCCACGUGAGGACGACCGUGGACAAGGCUUCAAGUACAAUGAAGCACGAAACCAUAUGAUCGAGAUGGACAAGUUUACAGUUGACCUGAAACCCGGCCAGAACAUCAUCAAACGUCAUUCGGAACAAUCCAGCAUAACCAUUCCUUACGAGCGGUCUUUCCGAAGACUUGGAGCCGCUAAUCAGCCCAAAGGUGAUGACGAAUUGGCUGAAUUCCGAUUCUGUGGUUGUGGAUGGCCUCAACAUAUGCUUCUACCAAGGGGAACAAAGAAUGGAACCGAAUAUGAUUUGUAUGUAAUGAUUUCCGACUACAAGGAUGAUGAGGUUAUGCAGCCAAAUAGGUCCCCUGAUGUGUGUGGUGAUGCCCACUCAUUCUGCGGAUUGAAGGAUAAGCUGUAUCCCGACAAGCGUACUAUGGGUUAUCCAUUCGAUCGCUCUUACCAAGCUCAGAGCUUGGAGGAAUUCGUUUCGGAGUUCACCAACAUGAAAAUCUCACCCCUAACGAUUAAAUUCAACAAUGUCAUCAUUGAACGUGAUCAGUAAAAUGCUUCUUAAUGGAAACUAAAUUGUCAGAAUGAAAUAAAACUAAACUUCAACUCUA